CAUUUUCGCAGUUCCUGCCAUAAAACCAGUUCAGCAGGUUUUCUGAAGUAGCUCUAGGUCCAUCGCCGCGUGCGGAGCAGUAAGACAGCUGAGGACCAUCCUCUGACGAAAGUUUACUUCAGGAAGUAUGGCUACCGCAAUCGAAUUCAAACUUCCGACGGAGGAACAAAAGGCGCUUGUUCGGCAAAAAGUGGGAACGACUGAGGAAGACAUUCGACAGGCUGUAUCGAGCUUACGCAGCUGGCUGCUGGCACAACCUCAUCUGCCCCACCUGAUAGAUGAUGGGCGCCUGGAACGUAUGUACAUCAGCUGCAAAUGCAGCAUCGAGAAAAGUAAGAAGAUGUUGGACGCCUACUAUACACUGAAGAACAGAUUUCCAGAGCUCUUAUUGAACCGGGACCCUCUGGGCGACGACGUACAAGACAUCAUAAAAUAUGUGACUCUGGUAAUAAUGCCGCGUCUCACGGAAGACGGUCACCGUGUUAUCUGCCUAACGGACAUUUGUCCCGACGCAACCAACAUGGAGAUGUUCAUGGUGUCUAAAUUGAAAUUGAUGGCAACAGAAUAUAUCCUUUCAUUCGACUAUUCUAUUGGUUAUGUUGUCAUCAUGGAUAUGAAGAACCUUUCAGCCGCACACGUAAUGAAGAUAGGCGUCCGUGACAUUCGGGCACUGGAAACUAUUGUCAGGAGAGCAUAUUCCCGACGUAUUGUGACCGUACACUUGAUAAAUGCACCGAAGGUAAUUGAUAUGUUACUUUCAAUCGUGUAUGCAGCCAUUCCGGAAAAAUUACGGAACAGGAUUCACGUCCAUCUCCCGGGAUCGCAAGAGUUAUUCAAACAUGUGGAGAGAGAUCUGGUGCCUAACGAAAUGGGUGGUACCGGUGGUGCUUCACGGGACCUGAUGGCUGGCCUCAUGGAUCGGAUGGUAGCACUCAGAGACUGGUACAGGGAAGAAGACAAACACGUAGUGGAUGAAACCAGAAGACCAGCAGACAGCCAGUACGAUUACGAACUUUUCGGCGUGGACGGGUCCUUCAAAAAACUGCAGGUGGACUGACCGAAACGGUUUCUUCAUGUCAAUUUUCUUCGUGAUUCUUAUAGUACUGUGAUCAGCACUAGUCACGCGUAGAUAACCUCUUAAUUGAGUCUGUAUGUUUUAUAAGGUUCCAUACUGUGGUUUCUGAGGCUUCCGCAAUUCAAUUUGGUAUUUUGUUCAUAUUAUUUUAGCUGCAUGUUUUCUUACUCGU